CACAAAACCUCUCUUUCUUGUUUCUGUUUCUGUUUCUCUUCUUCUCCAAAACAUCAAAAAUGGGAUCAGAAACUUUCUUGGAAAUUAUUCUGGCGAUUCUUCUACCUCCCGUCGGCGUUUUCCUUCGAUAUGGUUGUGGGGUAGAGUUCUGGAUCUGUCUCUUGUUGACGAUACUGGGUUACAUCCCUGGGAUCAUCUAUGCUAUCUACGUUCUUGUCGGAUGAUGACCAAAUUCUCUUGUAAAUUUUUCAUAAUCUUUAUUUAGCCUUUGUUGUUCUUUUCUUAUCGCUCUUUGUAAUAAACAACUCUUGCGUUUUCGCUAAAUAAAAUACUAUUUUUGCUUAGUUCCUAAAUCACCAGGGCUGCCAAAAUAUACACCAC